UAGUGUGUGUGUUAAUGUGUGUUUGAGCUGUCCGGAGCUGCUCUGCUGCUCUUUCUGCAUCAUGCUGCUAUCAAUGACCUGCUGCGUGGUGCUCCCUUCUCUGUGAACACUCAAGAGGGAGGAAAGCUACUAAAAGGGUUGUUCAGGCUGUGAGAUCUUUACUGUCACACAGAGAAAAAAGGACGUGAAGACGUGAAGGAGGCAGCAGGAUGAAAUCCAAAGGGAAAGCUGUGAAAUCAUCCAGAAGGCCCUGGUCCGACCCCGAUCCAGAGCUUGAACCAGACACAGAACCAGGCUCCAGCGAGCAGGAGGGCUCAGAGGCCUCAGUGCGCAUCGGCGGCUCUUGGAGAGGUUCCCUAAGGAGCGGGGAUGGCAAGCGUCAAGUAGGGGUUGGAGGAGGGGGGGGAGGAGGAGGAGGCCGGAGACGCAGGCAGCACGGCUCCAGCAACAAGGAGCGCAGCAUCAGACGACUGGAGAGCAACGAGAGGGAACGGCAGCGCAUGCACAAGCUCAACAACGCCUUCCAAGCGUUACGGGAGGCCAUCCCACACGUUAAGACCGACAAGAAGCUGUCAAAGAUUGAGACCCUGACCCUUGCAAAGAACUACAUCAAAUCUUUAACCAGCAUCAUUCUGGAUAUGUCGGGGGCCUGCCUGCCCGCUGGAGGGGUCCCGACAGAUGCAAGCACUGCCAAGCUGCUGCAGUGCUACCAGCAGCACCUGGAGGAGGAGGGGGAGGCAGACCUCACCCAGUACCUCACCCACGUGCACAGCUUGAGUCAGCGAAGCUAACAGAGGC